AUGGCUGCUUCGCCGCGAACGCCCCAGCAUAGUCGCGGACCGUCUGCCAUUGACCUCUCCUUUGCCACACCCCUCUCCUACAACGAAAGCCCCCGGCGACAUUCGAAAGGCAGUCUCACAACACCCACAUCUCCCAAUAGACACAGUCUCACCAGGUCCGACUCCAUCAGCGCAGAUGUUUUCGGUAGUGGUGGACCAGCUGCGCAGUCGAAUGGGUUAGGGAAUCUGGCGGACGAGUUGGCGGAUGCGUGGGAGGACGGUGAAGAGGAAGAAGACGAGGACUAUGAACCAGAUAUGAAUUUCCAGGAGGGAGGGGACGAGGGUAAAGAACCAACGAGGGAUAGUGGUGUGGAUGUUACGUCUUCACCUGUACAAGCACAACCGAAAUCAGCGAAUCUGACUCCGCCGACUCUAAUGCUAGCGAGAGGACAUAGGAGGCAGACGAGCGAGUAUGAUGGGAGUGAUUAUGGUGGAGACUCAGAUCUGGAGUCUCCUGGAAUGCCGCCAGGUUUGGUGGCUAGGAUGGAUAUGGUGGAGAGUUUGGCGAGGAGGGGAACGGAGAAUAAUGGGACAGAUAGGGACGGUGUUGUGAAGAGAGUAAUAGAUGGCCUGAAAGAUCUUGGGGGACAAUCUGGUGUUGAGGGUAAUGCUACGAGACUCGCAACCGCCCACUCCGCACUAUCAACACACAUCCUCCACCAAACCCGCCUACUCCAAUCCCUCGCAUACCCCCUCUUCUCCCCUCUAUCUCUCCCACCAGACGAGGAACUCAUCGACGAGCUCAUGCCCCUCCUCGUCACCAUCGGGGAUUCAAUACCCCGGCCCACAACCGCCGCCUUCACUUCCCUUACCCAACUCCACGGUCUAACAGCCGACCUCAUCCAAACACUCAACUACCUCUCCGACACCCUCCACAUGUCACGGCAGACGACCACCACAGCCACGCGGCGACUGCGCAGUGUGAGGGAACUUGUUGCGGAGAUGCGGAAAGAGGAGGAUGCAAGAGAGGAGGGAGAGAGGUGGCUGGAGAGGCAUAACUGGAGUGAGAGGCUAGGAAAUAGAGAAUGUGCGGACGUAUGUGGAGAUGUUGUGGGCGGGUUUGAGGAGGUGUGUAAUGGGUGGAGGGCGAGGCUUGUUGCGCAGGCGGAGGCUGUAAGUGCGUAA